GAUCGUAUUGGAAAACGCUUCCGUCCGUGGCCAAUCCUUCUUCGCUGUUGUGUACUAGUUCCCCCGCACCUAGAGACGGUGUUGCUAAACCAUAGAAGCCCUUCUCAAAAAGGAAAGGAAAAGAGAAAAAAGAUAUCGAGGCAGCGUGAUAGCGUAGCUGACUUGAGUCGCAAAGAACUCAGGACACCGAAUCCCGCUUCACUAAACUGGUUCAGAAUGAGCCAUAACAAGCCUAGGCGCUUCAAAAAUCACCAUCCCCGUCGCGGACAAUCUACUCGAGGCCAUAAAUUUAUUGGAGAGGAUGAGUGUUUGCCAAUCGACCCAGCUAAUGAUGAGGAGCCAACGAGUCCAAAAAUUCAGCUUGCCAUGUGGGAUUUUGGGCAGUGUGAUGCAAAAAGGUGUACAGGUCGCAAGCUUGCACGAUUUGGCUUGUUAAAAGAUUUGCGUGUUAACAGUGGGUUUGGAGGCAUUGUCUUAAGUCCAGUGGGAGUGAAUUGUGUCUCCAAAGAAGAUCGUAGUCUUCUUAAACAAAAAGGAUUAGCCGUUGUGGAUUGCUCAUGGGCACGGUUGGGUGAUGUUCCAUUUGUGAAAUUGCGUUGUGCUGCUCCUCGCCUAUUACCUUGGCUAGUAGCAGCAAACCCAGUAAAUUACGGUCGACCAUGUGAGUUAUCUUGUGUGGAAGCAUUGGCUGCCGCUCUAAUCAUAUGUGGGGAAGGGGAAACAGCAGAUCUGUUGCUUAGUAAGUUCAAGUGGGGCCAUGCUUUUCUUUCCGUUAAUAGAGAACUUCUAAAACAAUACUCAGCAUGUGAGAAUAGUGCUGAUAUUAUUUCGGUCCAGAAUGCUUGGUUAUCACAACAACGACAAGUCCCUAAAGAACCGCAUAAUGUAGAAGGUGCAGAGAAGUCGUCUGUGAGUGAAGACGAUGAGGGUUCUGAUGAUUCGGAGGAUGGACUUCCGCCAUUGGAGAAGAAUCUAAAUCACUUGACCUUGCAGCAAGAUAGUGAUGAAGAAAGCGAGUAAAAUUUAUACUAUAGAAGCAAAAGUUUAAUGUAGAGAUCAAACACUUCCCAACAGUCUAGGAUUCUUCAAUUUUGCUUUGCUUUUUUACUUAUUAGAGAAUUAAGUCAGUUUGGAGUUUUGUAAUUUCUAAAUUAGCAAAUUAUUUCAAAUCAACCGCCUAUCUAAUUAUUUCAAAUUAUUUUAAAAAGUCACUCCAAAACGAAUUGAAGGUUGCUGUUAAGUUGUAUCCAUAGUAUUAAAUUUUCAUCGACA